GCCAAAGAAAUCUCACGCGUCCUCCUCUCACUCCUCCCCUCUCUCUCCGCCUCUCGCCAUGGCCGGCCGCCUCGUCGCCCCUCUCCUUCUCCUGCUCCUCCAGCUCCUCGCGCCGUCGCCGGCGUACGCGUCCCCGCGCACGGCGGCGUCGGCGGCGGCGCGGGUCUCUGGUCGGUGCCCGAGGCCGGAGCAGGGCGGGCUGCCGCCGUUCGUCGCGAGGCUCCGGCGGACCUGCCGCGCCUCGACGGAGGGAUACCCGGCCGAGGAGGUCAAUGGGGAGAAACUUGUCAGAGAGUUGGGUGCAAAGGAGGGGUACACUGCCGUCCUCUUCUAUGCAUCAUGGUGCCCUUUCUCUCAAAGAAUGAGACCGGUCUUCGAUGAUCUUAGCUCAAUGUAUCCACAGAUUAAGCACUUGGCUGUAGAACAGUCCAACGUCAUGCCAGCCGUUUUGUCAAGAUAUGGUGUUCGUAGCUUUCCUUCUAUACUCAUACCUCAUGGAUCAUUUGCAUUUUGGCCUAUUGGUGCUAAAGAUCUCAACUCACUGGUCAACUUUUACUUUGCUGUCACGGGGCAAGAACCAGUUGCAUAUCUUGGUCCACGGAAGUGGAGCCCAACUGGACAAAGCACACAGUAUGUGAAGUUCUGGAAUGGCUCAAUCAACGAAACAGUGAAGAGCGAGCCCUACCUGGCAUUCAGCAUCCUAUUUGUUUGCCUAAGGGUAUUCUUGUUCUUCUUCCCAAAGUUCUUCACCUGCAUCAAAGGCCUGUGGACGCAAUAUUUCCGGCACGCCAACCUUGGAGUCCUUGCCAAAUUGACCCAGCUGCUUGAAUGCGUACCUCAUGCAGUAGACGUCAGGAAGAUGUGGAGCAAAUGGAGGCUCAUGGUUGGGGCUAUGAACGCCAGGGUCUGGGCAUCAUCUCUAGCAUCCGUGUCUAUUGGAGGGCAGUCUUCUCCCCGAGCUGCUGUUUUGGAUUGACCGUUUCAAUUUAAAUAGCGAACGGGAGAUCAUGCGGACUCUUUGAAUUGUUCUGGAUGUACAAGCUCCUGUAACUCACAUGAACAUGUAGCGAUACAUCUUGUUUGUAGCCUGUAAAUCCUAGGGAUACUGUUGAGCCUUUGUAGAUCAUAUUGCAACAUUAAUCAUGAGUAUCUGUUGUCAUAGUUUCGAGCAAGGAGACAAAGCAUAAUCAGCAACUGAAGUAUGUUCAUCUGCUUGUAGUAAUAAAAGGAUGAGAAAUUCCAACC